AUGGCGCCCGGGAACCGGUGGCGGCCGCCAUCGCUGCCGCUGCUGCUGCUGCUGACGCUCGCGGCAGGUGCGGGCGGCCUGGAGUUCGGCGGCGGCCCCGGGCAGUGGGCGCGCUACGCGCGCUGGGCCGGCGCGGCGAGCAGCGGCGAGCUCAGCUUCAGCCUGCGCACCAACGCCACGCGGGCGCUGCUGCUCUACCUGGACGACGGCGGCGACUGCGACUUCCUGGAGCUACUGCUGGUGGACGGGCGCCUGCGGUUGCGCUUCACGCUAUCGUGCGCCGAGCCCGCCACGCUGCAGCUGGACACGCCGGUGGCCGACGACCGCUGGCACAUGGUGCUGCUGACCCGCGACGCGCGCCGCACCGCCCUGGCGGUGGACGGCGAGGCCCGCGCCGCCGAGGUGCGCUCGAAGCGGCGCGAGAUGCAGGUGGCCAGCGACCUGUUCGUGGGAGGCAUACCCCCCGACGUGCGACUCUCGGCGCUCACGCUCAGCACCGUCAAGUACGAGCCGCCCUUUCGCGGCCUCCUGGCCAACCUGAAGCUGGGCGAGCGGCCCCCCGCGCUGCUGGGCAGCCAGGGCCUGCGCGGCGCCGCCGCGGACCCCCUGUGCGCCCCCGCGCGCAACCCCUGUGCCAACGGCGGCCUCUGCACCGUGCUGGCCCCCGGCGAGGUGGGCUGCGACUGCAGCCACACGGGCUUCGGCGGCAAGUUCUGCAGCGAAGAGGAGCACCCCAUGGAAGGUCCGGCUCACCUGACGUUAAACAGCGAAGUAGGGUCCUUACUGUUCUCCGAGGGGGGGGCCGGGAGAGGAGGAGCCGGCGAUGUGCACCAGUCGUCAAAAGGCAAGGAAGAGUUUGUGGCGACCUUCAAGGGCAAUGAGUUCUUCUGCUACGACCUGUCACACAACCCGAUCCAGAGCAGCACGGACGAGAUUACGCUGGCCUUCCGCACCCUGCAGCGCAAUGGGCUGAUGCUGCACACGGGCAAGUCGGCCGACUACGUCAACCUGUCCCUCAAAUCCGGGGCAGUCUGGCUCGUCAUCAACCUGGGCUCGGGAGCCUUUGAAGCCCUGGUGGAACCCGUCAACGGCAAGUUCAACGACAACGCCUGGCACGAUGUCCGGGUCACUCGAAACCUGCGCCAGCACGCAGGCAUUGGACACGCUAUGGUGACCAUCUCGGUGGACGGGAUCCUGACCACCACAGGCUACACGCAGGAGGAUUACACUAUGCUGGGCUCUGACGACUUCUUCUACAUCGGGGGCAGCCCCAACACGGCCGACCUGCCGGGCUCGCCUGUCAGCAACAACUUCAUGGGCUGCCUCAAGGACGUGGUCUAUAAGAACAAUGAUUUCAAGCUGGAACUGUCCCGCCUGGCGAAGGAAGGAGACCCCAAGAUGAAGCUGCAGGGGGACCUGUCAUUCCGCUGUGAGGAUGUGGCUGCCCUGGACCCCGUGACCUUUGAGAGCCCCGAGGCCUUUGUGGCACUGCCCCGCUGGAGCGCCAAGCGCACCGGCUCCAUCUCCCUCGACUUCCGCACCACGGAGCCCAACGGGCUACUGCUCUUCAGCCAGGGCCGGCGGGCCGGGGUGGGGCCCGGCAGCCCCAGCACUGCCCAGCGGGCCGACUACUUUGCCAUGGAGCUGUUGGAUGGCUACCUCUAUCUUCUGCUGGACAUGGGCUCAGGGGGCAUCAAGCUGCGGGCGUCCAGCCGCAAGGUCAACGAUGGCGAGUGGUGCCAUGUGGACUUCCAGAGAGACGGGCGCAAAGGCUCCAUCUCGGUGAACAGCCGCAGUACGCCGUUCUUGGCAACUGGAGAGAGCGAGAUCCUGGACCUGGAGAGCGAGCUGUACCUGGGCGGUCUCCCUGAAGGCGGGCGGGUGGACCUGCCCCUGCCACCGGAGGUGUGGACCGCAGCGCUGCGGGCUGGCUACGUGGGCUGCGUGCGGGACCUCUUCAUAGAUGGGCGGAGCCGAGACCUCCGGGGCCUGGCCGAGGCGCAGGGGGCUGUGGGCGUGGCCCCCUUCUGCUCUCGGGAGACGCUGAAGCAGUGUGCCUCGGCUCCCUGCCGCAAUGGGGGCGCCUGCCGCGAGGGCUGGAACCGCUUCGUCUGCGACUGCAUCGGGACCGGCUUCCUGGGGCGGGUCUGUGAGAGAGAGGCUACGGUCCUGAGCUACGACGGCUCUAUGUACAUGAAGAUCAUGCUGCCGAACGCUAUGCACACGGAGGCGGAGGACGUGUCCCUGCGCUUCAUGUCCCAGCGGGCUUACGGGCUCAUGAUGGCCACCACCUCCAGGGAGUCCGCGGACACCCUGCGCCUGGAGCUGGACGGGGGCCAGAUGAAGCUCACUGUCAACCUCGACUGCCUGCGCGUCGGCUGCGCACCCAGUAAAGGCCCUGAGACGCUCUUUGCGGGGCACAAGCUCAAUGACAAUGAGUGGCACACAGUGAGGGUGGUGCGACGGGGCAAGAGCCUGCAGCUGUCAGUGGACAACGUGACCGUGGAGGGACAGAUGGCAGGGGCCCACACGCGGCUGGAGUUCCACAACAUUGAGACGGGCAUCAUGACGGAGCGGCGCUUCAUCUCCGUGGUGCCCUCCAACUUCAUCGGGCACCUGAGCGGGCUGGUGUUCAACGGCCAGCCAUACAUGGACCAGUGCAAGGACGGGGACAUCACCUACUGUGAGCUCAAUGCUCGCUUUGGCCUGCGUGCCAUUGUGGCCGAUCCCGUCACCUUCAAGAGUCGCAGCAGCUACCUGGCGCUCGCCACGCUCCAAGCUUACGCCUCCAUGCACCUCUUCUUCCAGUUCAAGACCACAGCCCCCGACGGGCUCCUCCUGUUCAACUCAGGCAAUGGCAAUGACUUCAUCGUCAUCGAGCUGGUCAAGGGGUACAUCCACUACGUGUUUGACCUGGGGAAUGGCCCGUCCUUGAUGAAGGGGAACUCAGACAAACCAGUCAAUGACAACCAGUGGCACAACGUGGUGGUGUCCAGGGACCCGGGCAACGUGCACACGCUCAAGAUUGACUCCCGCACUGUCACGCAGCACUCCAAUGGCGCCCGAAACCUCGAUCUCAAAGGGGAGCUGUACAUUGGCGGUCUGAGCAAGAACAUGUUCAACAACCUGCCCAAGCUAGUGGCCUCUCGGGAUGGCUUUCAGGGCUGCCUGGCCUCGGUGGACCUCAACGGGCGCCUCCCUGACCUCAUCGCUGACGCCCUGCACCGCAUCGGGCAGGUGGAGAGGGGCUGUGACGGCCCCAGCACCACCUGCACCGAAGAGUCUUGUGCCAACCAGGGCGUCUGCUUGCAGCAGUGGGACGGCUUCACCUGCGACUGCACCAUGACCUCCUACGGAGGCCCCAUCUGCAAUGACCCCGGAACCACGUACAUCUUUGGGAAGGGGGGAGCGCUCAUCACCUACACUUGGCCCCCCAAUGACCGGCCGAGCACGAGGAUGGACCGCCUGGCCGUGGGCUUCAGCACGCACCAGCGGAGCGCCGUGUUGGUGCGGGUCGACAGCGCCUCGGGCCUUGGGGACUACCUGCAGCUGCACAUCGACCAGGGCACCGUCGGGGUGAUCUUUAACGUGGGCACGGACGACAUUACCAUCGACGAGCCCAACGCUAUCGUGAGCGACGGCAAAUACCACGUGGUGCGCUUCACUCGAAGUGGCGGCAACGCCACCUUGCAGGUGGACAGCUGGCCGGUCAACGAGCGAUACCCGGCAGGAAACUUUGAUAACGAGCGCCUGGCGAUUGCUAGACAGAGAAUCCCCUACCGGCUUGGUCGAGUAGUUGAUGAGUGGCUGCUCGACAAAGGCCGCCAGCUGACCAUCUUCAACAGCCAGGCUGCCAUCAAGAUCGGGGGCCGGGAUCAGGGCCGCCCCUUCCAGGGCCAGGUGUCCGGCCUUUACUACAACGGGCUCAAGGUGCUGGCGCUGGCCGCCGAGAGCGACCCCAACGUGCGGACUGAGGGCCACCUGCGCCUGGUGGGGGAGGGGCCGUCCGUGCUGCUCAGCGCGGAGACCACGGCCACCACCCUGCUGGCCGACAUGGCCACCACCAUCAUGGAGACCACCACCACCAUGGCGACCACCACCACGCGCCGGGGCCGCUCCCCCACGCUGAGGGACAGCACCGCCCAGAACACAGAUGACCUCCUGGUGGCCUCGGCCGAGUGCCCGAGCGAUGACGAGGAUCUGGAGGAGUGUGAGCCCAGUACUGGAGGAGAGUUAAUAUUGCCCAUAAUCACGGAGGACUCCUUAGACCCCCCUCCCGUGGCCACUCGAUCCCCCUUCGUGCCCCCACCCCCCACCUUCUACCCUUUCCUCACCGGCGUGGGUGCCACCCAAGACACCCUGCCCCCGCCCGCGGCCCGCCGCCCGCCCGCCGGGGGCCCCUGUCAGGCCGAGCAGGACGACAGCGACUGCGAGGAGCCUAUCGAGGCCUCGGGCUUUGCCUCCGGGGAGGUCUUUGACUCCAGCCUCCCCCCCACGGACGACGAGGACUUUUACACCACCUUUCCCCUGGUCACGGACCGCACUACCCUCCUGUCCCCGCGCAAGCCCGCUCCCCGGCCCAACCUCAGGACAGAUGGGGCGACGGGAGCCCCCGGGGUGCUGCUCGCCCCCUCCGCCCCGGCCCCCAACCUGCCAGCGGGCAAAAUGAACCACCGAGACCCGCUGCAGCCCCUGCUGGAAAACCCACCCCUGGGGCCUGGGGCCCCCACGUCCUUCGAGCCGCGGAGGCCCCCUCCCCUGCGCCCCGGCGUGACCUCCGCUCCCGGCUUCCCCCAUCUGCCCACAGCCAACCCCACCGGGCCUGGGGAGCGGGGCCCGCCGGGCGCGGUGGAGGUGAUCCGGGAGUCCAGCAGCACCACGGGCAUGGUGGUGGGCAUCGUGGCGGCCGCGGCGCUCUGCAUCCUCAUCCUCCUCUAUGCCAUGUACAAGUACCGCAACCGCGACGAGGGCUCCUACCAGGUGGACCAGAGCCGGAACUACAUCAGUAACUCGGCCCAGAGCAACGGGGCGGUGGUGAAAGAGAAGGCCCCGGCCGCCCCCAAGACGCCCAGCAAGGCCAAGAAGAACAAAGACAAGGAGUAUUACGUCUGA